AUAUCCCACGACUUUAGAGUUUAAGUCUAUCCACACUCCAAGCUUUGGGUUUGGAAAUGAACGAUCAAGUAAUUGUGGCUGGAAAGGUUGGUAUGUUGAGAUUUUGCGGUUCAACGGAGUUUGCAUCUGGUCAGUGGGCAGGUAUUGAGUUAAAUGAACCAGUUGGUAAAAAUGAUGGUUCCAUCGCAGGAGUAAAGUAUUUUGACUGCAAACCGAAAUAUGGAAUAUUCGCACCGCUGACACGUGUAAACAAAUACGAUGGAACAUUACCAGUUCCACUGGGAAUUAAUGGUUCACGAAACAGUUCAAUAGCAUCUUCUGCAGAUUCAAAUAGGCCAAACUUAGAAAUAGGUGAAAAAGUGGUUGUUGCUGGUCAGAAGAUUGGUAUUGUACAAUUUGUUGGUCCAACCAAGUUUGCAUCGGGAAUUUGGGUUGGUGUUGAGCUCGAUCAAGCGGCAGGGAAAAACGACGGAGCGGUAUCUGGUGUUCGAUAUUUUGAGUGUAGUCCGAAACAUGGAGUGUUUGCGCCGUUGAAUAAAGUUAAGAGAAUUUAUGGUGAAGAAGAAUCGUUUCACGAUACUGUCAAUAAUGACACUGCAGAACGCUUGUUGAAUGACGAGAACGUUACACCUGAACCUGUACAGACCAAAUCAACUGAAAUUUCUAGUGGCACACAAAACAGUGUUAAGAAGUCCACAAACAGCAAUACUAAAAUCCCUCAUGCAAACAUAAAUAGAAACAUUUUACUCCAUUCUGCUUCAAGUACGCCCCGUUCUGCUUCAAGUACGCCCCAACAGAAGAAACGGACCAGAUUGGAUACAACAUUGGGCGCUCAAAUUAAUUUUACUUUGAAAAACGGUAUGAGCGUGUACGCCAAUAACGAACUUGGUAUCGUUCGUUUCAUUGGUCGUGUCGAGUUUUCUGACGGGAUAUGGCUUGGCGUCGAACUACGAAAACCUAGUACGUAUAUGUUCCUUGUAAUUAUAAACACAUCCUUAAUUUGUGUUAACUGCACACAUCAAAUAGAUAUCUUUCGCCCAACUUCAGUGCGAAAAAACAAUGUAGAGUUUGCAUGGAUGAAGAAAAGAGAGAGAGUUGGAGUGUGUUUUUUAAAAACAAAAAAAAUGCAUGUUGACUAUAUUUCUUUCUGUUUAUACCUUUCAUUUUUACUUUUCAUUCUAGAAUUAAUUUAAUGUUAAUGUUCUGCAUAGCUGUUUGACUGUAUAAUUUAAGAUGCUACACGAAUAUACCAUCGUCUUUUAAAAUGUUCAAAAAAUUGUUGGGAUAAAUGCUUAAUUUCAAAGAUCAUACCCAAGCAAUCAUUUACGUUGUUUUAAGACAUACCCACCACGCAUUUUGAACUUGUCAAAGUUCACAAAUUAUGUUCACACCAGACUACUGCACCUAGCGCAAUUUUUAACGCUUCUUACCGUCCCCACACAUCGCGAAGGAUUGGACGGGAGAUGCUGUUUUGCCAUUUUGAGCAAUGGCCAAAAAGCUGCCAUUUUUAAGUUUAUGUACAGGAUUGUAAAAGCCUGGUUGUGUAAACGGUGCAUGAAAUAUACCACCUCUUCCAAGCAACGAAUCAGGCGCAUAUAAUGUUUGGGUG